UCCCCCUCCAAAAAAAAAAGAAAGCAAGAGACGCUCCUAGUUUCAUCUCCACCACUGUCAGCCUACAACCACCCAUGUCAACGGUGGGAGAAAACAACUCUGGAUGGUCUUUGUCGGGAACGACAACUCUAGCCACUGGUGGAAGAUGGUCCCUGUCGGGAGCAACUGCUCUAGUUACCGGUGGAACUCAUGGAAUUGGCCGUGCAAUUGUGGUGGAGCUAGCCCAACUCGGUGCCACAGUCCACACUUGUGCAAGAAAAGAAGCAGACCUGAAUGAACGCUUGCAAGAGUGGUCCUCCAUGGGAUUCAAAGUCAGUGGUUCAGUCUGUGAUGCAUCUUCAAGAGAGCAAAGAACCCAGCUCAUCGAAAAGGUGACUUCCAUCUUCGGUGGAAAACUCAACAUCCUUGUAAAUAACGUUGGAACAAGCAAAGGGAAGCCAUCUGAAAAAUUUACCUCUGAAGAAUACGAUAUGAUGAUGUCUACAAAUCUUGAAUCUUGUUUCCAUUUUUCCCAACUCGCUUAUCCUCUCCUAAAGGCCUCUGGGAUCGGAAACAUAGUCUUCAUUUCCUCUGUUGCAGGUUUGGUAAGUAUACAAGGUUUAUCUGUUUAUGCAGCAGCAAAGGGCGCAAUGAAUCAACUGACCAAGAAUUUGGCUUGUGAAUGGGCUAAAGAUAACAUUCGCGUAAAUUGCGUUGCCCCUGGGGUCAUUAGGACCCAAUUAAGCCAAGCUGUACUCAAUUCUGAUGAAAAAUGGAAGAAAUUCAAAUCAAGAAUUCCAAUGAAUCGAGUUGGAGAGCCAGAAGAAAUUUCAUCCCUGGUAGCUUUCGUUUGUCUCCCAGCUGCUUCCUACGUAACCGGACAGGUUAUAGCUGUCGAUGGAGGCCUGACUGUUAAUGGAGUCCAAUGGUCCCUGUCAGGGGCAACAGCUUUAGUUACCGGUGGAACUCAAGGAAUUGGCCGUGCAAUUGUGGUGGAGCUAGCUCAACUCGGUGCCACAGUCCACACCUGUGCAAGAAAAGAAGCAGACCUGAAUGAACGCUUGCAAGAGUGGUCCUCCAUGGGAUUCAAAGUCAGUGGUUCAGUCUGUGAUGCAUCUUCAAGAGAUCAAAGAAUUCGGCUCAUCGAAAAGGUCUCUUCCAUAUUCAAUGGGAAGCUCAAUAUCCUUGUAAAUAACGUUGGAACAUGCAAAGCGAAGCCAGCUGAAGAGUUUACCUCUGAAGAGUACGAUACGAUGAUGUCUACAAAUCUUGAAUCUUGUUUCCAUUUUUCCCAACUCGCUUAUCCUCUCCUAAAAGCCUCUGGGAUCGGGAACAUAGUCUUCAUUUCUUCUGUUGGGGGUUUGGUAAGUGUACAAGGUUUUUCUGUUUAUGCAUCAACAAAAGGCGCAAUGAAUCAGCUGACCAAGAAUUUGGCUUGUGAAUGGGCUAAAGAUAACAUUCGCGUAAAUUGCGUUGCCCCUGGGGUCAUUAGGACCCAAUUAAGCGAAGCUGUACUUAAUUCUGAUGAAAAAUGGAAGAAAUUCAAAUCAAGAAUUCCAAUGAAUCGAGAUGGAAAGCCAGAAGAAAUUUCAUCCCUGGUAGCUUUCCUUUGUCUCCCAGCUGCUUCCUACAUAACCGGACAGGUUAUAGCUGUCGAUGGAGGACUGACUGUUAAUGGAGUCCAGUGGGACUAAUCAUUGAAUCAGCUUUCCGGGCAAUACGGCAAAGCUAGUUAGUGCGGGAAGGGAAUACUUAUAGAAUCAUCUUUUCAUUUUCUUCAUCUCAGUCAAUGUUACAGGCAAUUUAAGAGUAUCUGAAAUUUCAUACGUAUGGAUAUUAGGUCUGAGAUUGGAACGAAGAAUAACUUGCAUGCAUUUAUCUGAUUCUUCGUAAUGUGACUCAAAUUGAUUUGAACUCGA